AUGGCUCAAUCACUAGGAUCUCUUGGGGCCCAUCUUGAACGGCGAUCCGUCGUAUCAGUUCUUCUCUUUCCCUUCCAAGCUUACACAUCUAAGCCAUAUCGUCUCCUCCUUUUCCGCCGCUCCGACAAAGUCAGUACGUAUCGAAGGAAGCUCGCUCCGAUAGCCGGCUCGAUUGAAUCCACUGAUAAGACCCCUCUGGACGCGGCCUGGCGAGAAUUGAACGAGGAGACCGGUCUCGGGCCACAACAAAUUGAUCUCUGGAGAAGGGGGUUAGGCUUUGAAUUCACCGAUGAAACAGCGAUAAGUGGUAAGGAUGGGAAAGGUGAAAAGGUAGGGAGGAUAUGGCACGUCUGGCCCUUUGCAUUUCGCUUCAAGAAAGAAUUUGCCUUUGAGCCCGACAAUUUCGACAAAUCGGCACUGAAGCUCAACUUCGAACAUCUCAACUUCGAAUGGGAGGCGGUCGACAGUGUCCUCGGUGGACAGAUAUUAGAUGAUUGUGUGCCGAGAUUGGAAAUCACGUUGGGUCAGGUAUGGGUUGAUCCAGAAAGCAUCUUACACCGGGGCCUUGAAGAAUUGAGGCUGGAUCAUUCGCACGGGGCCAGAGAGCUGGCCACAGUGGCUGUGAACACUCUGAUCAAGAUCGUCGAGAAUGAUCAGCAAUCCGAUGUCCUCGAAGAUGUAAAUGGAUGGUGGAGGGAUUUCCGGAUGAAGGCUUUCCAUCUAGCAUUCAAUGGGCGGCCGAGCAUGGCGGCCGCCAUCUCCAGUGCCAUCAUCUCCGCUCUGACGGAAAUCAGCGGAAUCGUCGCUAGUGCCAGGUCAGACGUCCUUGCUCAAGUCAAGCAAACCCUUCAAGGAUACGUCGCCAAAAGAGGUGAAAUCAGCAAACGAGUGAGCAGUCAAUUUUAUUCUUUCCUGCAAGAAAGAUUUGGCCAGACGGGAGGGGAGAGACAAAUUAAAAUUCUGACGCUGAGUUCUUCAUCAACGAUCAAGGCAGCAAUUUUACACUCUCUGGACACCGACGAGAGACGCCUCAUCGAACUUCGCAUCCUCGAAUCACGCCCUCUCUUCGAAGGUGUGAAUUUCGCAAAAGCUCUGACCGACGAAGCCAACGCACGACGUGAAGAUCCCUCACGAGGCCCUCAAUUCCGUGAUCGGCUACGCAUUGUCCUCACCACCGAUGCGUCGGUUGGCUUACUGAGUAAGGACGCUGACCUCGUUAUCAUCGGCGCAGAUCGCAUCUCCGAAGCAGGAGAUGUAAGCAACAAGAUGGGUUCGCUAGCAGCUAUCGUGACGAGCAAAGAAACCACAAACGGGUCUGCCACCGUGGUCUGCAUCAGCGAAGCAGAGAAGAUCGCCCCCCCGGGUGCGAUUGAAGAACAUCCAGAUGAGGAUAAUGAUAAAAACGAAGUCAUGCGCAAUUGGGACUUGCCGGCAUCAUCUCUAUGGGACCAGAUGGCUACCGUACGGAACGUUUAUUUCGAAUGGGUCCCAUCAAAGUAUAUCGAUUACUACGUUUGCGAAAAUGGUAUACUCUCGACGGAUGAUAUCAAGAAACAGUCUAAGCUGGUAUCGGAAGAGACAGCUAAAAUGUUCUCUGACUUGCAAAGAAUUUGA